AUGGAGACUGAAGACUUCAUGAUGACCAGUUCUUUCACCAAAGACAAAGGGGAAAUGAACGAAGACGGCCAAGAAAAGCUGGUGUUAGGGGAUGGCACGGAGCAAAAGGGACCUAAGCUUUCCAACUCCGAGCCCCAGGUGUCUAAUGGUUUCACAACGAGCACCUCUCAGAGCUUCAGAGAGGGACAGGGCAACGGGGCAGGGUCCGGGGGGACUGUGCCCGGCCUGGGACACAGCUCCUCUGCACCUAUGGGGGGCUUCAGGACUCUGGUGGUCCAACAAACCAGUCUGGACAGGCCCCGCGAGACGUGGAGUAAGAAGAUGGACUUUUUGCUGUCUGUGAUUGGCUACGCGGUGGACCUGGGCAAUGUGUGGCGCUUCCCCUACAUCUGCUAUCAGAACGGAGGAGGUGCAUUCCUGCUGCCCUACAUGUUGAUGGCUGUGUUUGGAGGAGUGCCUCUGUUUUACAUGGAGCUCGCUCUGGGGCAGUUCCAUCGCAGCGGCUGCAUCUCCAUCUGGAAACACAUCUGCCCCAUUUUCAAAGGCAUAGGUUUUGCCAUCUGCAUCAUUGCGCUCUACAUCGCCUUCUACUACAACACCAUCAUGGCCUGGGCGCUGUACUACCUCCUGUCCUCCUUUGGGCCUGAGCUGCCCUGGACCACCUGCAGCAACAGCUGGAACACAGUCAACUGCAACAACUACAUCUGGAGCGACAACAAUGUCAGCUGGUCCAACUCCUCCAUCUCCCCAGCAGAGGAGUUCUAUACUCGACAGGUGCUGCAGGUGCACCUCUCCUCUGGUCUCCAUGAUGUGGGCUCUGUGAGCUGGCAGCUGGCCCUGUGCCUCCUCUUCAUCUUCACCAUUGUCUAUUUCAGCAUCUGGAAAGGAGUCAAGACGUCUGGGAAGGUGGUUUGGGUCACAGCCACAUUCCCGUACCUGGUUCUCUUGGUGCUGCUGAUCCGCGGAGCCACUCUGCCUGGGGCCUGGAGAGGAGUGGUCUUCUAUCUCAAACCGGACUGGGGAAAACUUCUCAGUACCACAGUGUGGAUCGAUGCUGCAGCUCAGAUCUUCUUCUCUCUGGGUCCAGGGUUUGGGGUCCUUCUCGCCUACGCCAGCUACAACCCCUUCCACAACAACUGCUACAAAGACGCCCUGGUGACGAGCUCUGUGAACUGUCUGACCAGUUUCAUGUCCGGGUUUGUAAUCUUCACCGUUCUGGGCUACAUGGCAGAGAUGAGGAAUCAGGAUGUGGACGCAGUGGCCAAAGAUGCUGGCCCCAGUCUGUUGUUCAUCAUUUACGCCGAGGCUAUAGCCAACAUGCCGGCCGCCACGUUUUUCGCCAUCAUCUUCUUCUUAAUGAUCAUCAUGCUGGGUCUGGACAGCACUUUUGCAGGGCUGGAGGGGGUGAUCACUGCUAUGUUGGACGAGUUUCCACAUGUUCUCGCAAAAAGACGUGAACUGUUUGUAUUUGGUCUCAUCUGCGUCUGUUAUCUGGGCGCUCUCUCCACUCUCACCUACGGUGGAGCUUUCGUGGUGAAGUUGUUCGAGGAGUACGCCACAGGUCCCGCUCUCAUCACAGUGGUUCUGCUGGAGGUCAUCGCGGUCUCCUGGUUUUAUGGUACCACUCGCUUCUGUAAUGACAUCCACUAUAUGCUGGGCUUCUAUCCAGGAUGGUUCUGGAGAAUAUGCUGGGUUGCUAUUUGUCCUUGCUUUCUACUGUUCAUCAUCAUCAGUUUCCUGGCCUUCCCUCCGGAUGUGAAGUUGUUUGAGUACAACUAUCCUCCGUGGACUACUGCCCUGGGAUACUGCAUUGGCGUGUCCUCCUUCAUUUGUGUGCCUAUUUACAUGGUCUACUACUUGCUAAACGCAAAGGGCACCUUUAAGCAGCGCCUCCUGAAGAGCAUCACUCCUGUGCCGUCCAGUGAUCUCCACAGAGACUUAGUGACCAACGCAGUGUGA